AAAAAGAUUGCAAAGUAUUGCACAAGUGUUGACAAAAUGAGUGUUUAUUAGUGUAUUAUACAUCGUAAAUAACCAUCACAAUGCCUAUCAAAUGUAACCUCUGUGAUUCUGGAGCUAUUUUGAAGCGACCGAAAACAGGGGAUGCAUUGUGUAAGAACUGUUUCUAUUUUGCCUUUGAAGAGGAGGUGCAUAAAACCAUCACAGAUGCCAAUCUUUUUGUUCGAGGGGAAACAGUAGCCAUUGGAGCUUCCGGUGGAAAAGACUCUACUGUGUUGGCUUAUGUCCUUAAAGUCCUUAACCAGAGGUACGACUAUGGCAUUAACCUGGUGCUGUUGUCUGUGGAUGAGGGGAUUACUGGGUACAGGGACGAUUCCUUAGAGACAGUAAAGAGAAAUCAACAACAAUAUGAGUUGCCUCUGAAGAUUGUGUCUUAUGAAGAGUUGUAUGGAUGGACCAUGGACGCUAUUGUCAAACAGAUUGGUCUGAAAAAUAACUGUACAUUCUGUGGUGUGUUCAGGCGUCAGGCCUUGGAUAGAGGUGCCCUUCUGAUGAAAGUGGAUAGGAUAGUAACUGGACACAAUGCAGAUGAUAUAGCUGAAACUGUGAUUAUGAAUGUACUGAGAGGUGACAUUGGAAGAUUACAGAGGUGUACAGCCAUCACCACGGGCACUGAGGGAGCCCUUCCCAGAAGUAAACCAUUCAAGUAUACAUACGAGAAAGAGAUAGUCAUGUAUGCCUACUUUAAGAAGCUGGAUUAUUUCUCCACAGAGUGUAUAUAUUCACCUAAUGCUUAUAGGGGAUUUGCAAGGGCUUACAUAAAAGACUUAGAAAAGAUCCGACCAAGUGCUAUAAUUGAUAUCGUUCACUCUGGAGAGAGUCUGUCUGUGAAGAAAGCAGUGAAACUACCAGUACAAGGUACCUGUGAGAGGUGUGGCUACAUUUCCAGUAACCCCCUGUGUAAAGCCUGUAUUCUACUGGAGGGACUCAAUAGAGGACUGCCAAGACUUGGAAUUGGAAAAAGUCACAAAGAGAGACGCAGGCUGAAUGAAAUGUUGGCUCAGAAAUCAGAAGCUACUGACGUUGGUACAAAUAUGGACACUUCAAAAGAGACAACUGAUAAUGCAUCAACAACAGAAAGCUUGGGAUCAACAAACACCAAACAAAAAUGUGAAAACUGUACAUGUGAUAGCGGUUGUUUGUCUGAAAAAGUAGAGAAAGUUCAGCUGGACAGAAGGAAAAUAGACCCAGCUAUGAUAGAUUUCUGA